AUGGACACUAUUAUGAUUGGAAGUACUGUUUUGUAUCACAAAACUUUCGCAUUUGUUACAGCAGCCAUGGACAAGGUACCGACACGGUACAAAGCGAAGAAUAAAAAAGCUGCCACAAAUGCGAAACCGAAAUCAACAAAGAAGCGAAAAAGCGAUGGUCCUACUUGUUCAAUGUUUUUAGCGGAUUUGUCACGAAGACUAGCAUUGAAAAAACGAGAAGACGAAUACCCUCGGAAUAUUGUUCAAUCGAUAAUAGAAAGCAUUACAAAUGCUUUACCGAUAAAAUUUUCGAAGAAAUCUCCACCUAAAACUGCGUCUCCUAUGAGAAUAGAAACGUUACAGACAUUCGCACCAGAAUUAUUACCAAACGAUACAUUAAAUAUUACACUUAUUAAUCCAAAAUUAGAAGUAGGGAAUGAUCAAGACAAUACACUUUCUAUUGACACUGAAAGCCAAAUAGAAGUUACCAAUCGUGCUUCAUACAAAAUGCCAAAAAUGCCCGUAGUCAACAGUGAAGUAUUGAAAGUGGCGCUCGAAAAGAAAAAGAGAGAUAUGAUUGAUAAAGAAGUGAAUACCGGUCCUGACCAGGACGUGGCUAGUGAGAUAUCUAAAUAUGUCAACACUUUGAAAAAAAUAUCUUUGAUAGCGGAAGAAUUUAACCAGAAAACUGCUAAAAAUUUAAGAGAAAUCGUGGAUAGCGUUCAAGAAGAUCUUAUUAAGAAGCUAGAAGAAAUACAAGCAGAACAGCAAAGGGCCGCUGCAAAUAAAACGACUGAAAUAGAAGAAGAACCUCUUACUAUGGAACAAGGAGUAUCUAAUAUUUUUGAAGAAAAAGAUUAA